AUGGCGCCCUCCACUCUAAAGUCCAAAGCUCAAGAAUCCCUGAGAUCCAACCCAUCGGCCCUAGGCGAUCCAAUCUCCAUCAAAGCCGAAACAAGCCCAUCAGAGCACGACCUGGACGCAGACCAGAAGAACGAAGGCGCAGACCAGAAGAGUGGAAAGGCGACACCCGGUCAGCCCAAGGACGGAAAGAAGCCCUUGAAAGAGCUAGCCAAGGAGAACCCUACCAUGCUGGGAGAUCCGGUCAGUCUGAAAGCUGAGACCAGUGAUAGGAUCCCGAAGCCGGAAGAGGCGGGCGCGAAGACGCAAGGGAAGGAUAGCAAGCUAUGA